AUGAAUGGCGACACGGAAGUGCUGACGCACAACCUUCUGAAGCCAGCUGUAGUCGUCGAUAGCUUCAACUUGCACGCAGUGAUCAGUGCAACACAACACGGACAUGUGGAAAGCGUCGAAGCGGCGUUGAAACAAGGAUUAUCACCAAAUACCACAGAUGAUGACGGGUGUUCACUUCUUCAUUGGGCUGCUAUCAACAAUAGACUUGAAGUUGCACGAUUACUGAUCUCAUACAACGCAGAUGCGAACCUUAUUGGUGGCGUCUUGGCUUCAUCUCCAAUUCACUGGGCGGCUAGGAAUGGACUCGUUGCCAUGUGCGCGGUGCUGGUUAAGGGAGGAGCUGUUUGCAAUGUGCGCGACAUUCAGGGAUACACGCCAAUCCAUUUGGCGAUACAGGGAAAUCAUGUACCGUUGGUCGCUUACUUUUUGCUCAAAUUUGAAUAUGCCAAGGAUAUUAGUGAUAAUAGUGGAAUGACGCCGGCAAUGAUGUGCGCAAAACGAAGUUUUACCAUGUUUCCACUCAGAUUAAUUGUGAGGGCAGGAGCCGACUUAUCUCUGAAAGAGCAUUUCAGUGGAAAUACAGCUCUGCACUUAGCAGCUCAGGAUCGUAAUUCAUCCGCAGUAAUGGAACUUCUCGAAGGAAACGCUAAUGUGAACAUUCGGAAUAAACAAUCAGAAACACCACUGGAUAUGGCUAGGACGAUCAAAAGUCCACAAAUCCUAGAUUUGAUGGAAGACGCUGCUCGUCGCCAGGGAGUCAGUCGAACAAGUUGUUUCCGACGAUCUUUCGUGCCGCCAAUCAGCACAUACUUUUUCUUCCUGGUCCCAAUGUUUGGAUUUUUCAUGACCUAUCUCCUUUUCAAGUACUUGCCAUUGAUUAUUGCCACUUUCUCCACACUGAUCUCCUGCAUCUUUCUUAUGGUUCUUAUUCGGUUUGACUAUCAUGAUCCUACUUACAAGCUGCUUCCUUAUGGAGUUACAAUUGCAGAAGCCAUCUUAAUGGUCUUAUCGUGGUCAGCAUAUGCUCAUUGGUACGUGCCAUGGUGGGCUCAAAUGCUCUUUGUUCUUUCUGUUCUUGCUCUUGCAUUCACAUUGUUCAGAAUAGGGACACUGGAUCCGGGGGUCGUAAGAGCUGCCAAGAACUGUCAUCAGCUAUUUGUGAAUGAAGCUGAAGCGGGUAUCCAACAUCAGCAAAAAUACUGCUUCACUUGCUUCAUUCGCAAAAUGGAUCAUACAAAGCACUGCGCCGUUUGCGGAUUUUGCGUGAACAAUUUUGAUCAUCAUUGCCCAUGGCUGAACAGUUGUGUGACUCGCCGAAACAUGAGGGAAUUCAUCAUGUUUGUCAUUUCGGUGUCAGUGUCAUCAGCAAUUUACUGCAUGGCUACAAGUCAUUAUGCGCUGCUCCAAAUUGAAGAUCAUGGUUUGGAAGAAUUCCUGGAAACUGACGCGUUCUUGAUGAUCACCAUCAUUCUCUCGGCGAUGCACGCACUCAUGCUUGCCGUGCUGUUCUGUGUUCAAAUGAACCAGAUCUCGCAAGGAGUGACGACCAACGAUCGUAUCAAAGCUCGCCGAGCUGGUCAUGCCCAUUCUCACUCCGGCUCCACUGACUACAAUGUUAUUCAUCACAAGCCAAGCAUCUCGAAACGGUGUCAUAAUCUUCUGGAAUUCUUUUCCUCUAACGGCGAUCCAAACUGGUGAAAAUACAAAUUCGGAUUUUAUCUUCAUCGGACCUGAAAAACUUGCCCUGCUCCCCGGAUUUUUCAAACUUGAGAAUCAAAACUUUUCUAUGGCAUAACAAAUCUAUCAAUAAAAAACAAAAUACUUGUAAAUGUGAAUCAGAAACCUAAAUUUAAAUUUCAUCCCCGCCCAUUCCCCCAUUCACAAUCUACUCUUUUUCAUUUUCUUUCAGUUUUACAUGAGAUACUUCACUUGUAUAAUUUGGUUGUGAAAAGAUUUUAAAUGCUCUCUAUCUCCCUUUUUCCCUCUUUCAUUUCCUUUUUUGUUAAACUUUUUGUACAUUCCGGUUAGAAUCAAGUGCUUGGAGAUAUUUGAAGUUUUCCAUCAGUUUUCUUACUUUGCUCUUCUCUCUUGCGUAUUUCCGAGAUCUCUUUUUCUUUACUGUUUUCCUAGAUGUAAAUAAAUUUUCUUGAAAUUAAACAAGAA